AUGGCUGAAGUUGGCUCUGUCGUACCUGCUGACAUGGAGGCAUCUGCCGUCCCACAGCCAAGUCACUCAAGGUAUCGAGCACAGCUACCGAAAAAGUCGUUGUGGCAAUCGUUGCGAGACAACCCCAAAGUUCUCUUCAUUGCCUUUUUCGCCUCUUUCGGUGGUCUGGAAUAUGGCUACCAACAAGGCGUUCUCGGACAGUCCCUAGUGAUGUAUCGGUUUAAAUCAAACUUCCCUUCGAUUGUGGACUCUUCCUCGGCUACUGGGUGGCUUACUUCAGUCCUGCAGUUGGGCGGCAUUUUAGGAUCACUUUCAGCAGGAAUAAUCGGUGAGAUAUUUUCAAGAAAGUACACCAUGUUUGUGGCAUGCUGCUGGGUAAUUCUGGGGAGUUACCUAUAUGUCGGCGCAUCUGCAGGUACUCAGUCGCUUUUAUACGCCGGGCGUUUUUUCACUGGUGUUGGUGUUGGGCUUUUUAGUGGAGUUGGACCGUUGUACAAUGCAGAACUAGCGGCUCCGGAGAUGCGCGGGCUGUUGGUUUCUUUCUACCAGUUUGCAACUAUCCUAGGCAUCAUGCUCUCCUUUUGGGUUGGGUAUGGAAGCAACUAUAUCGGUGGAACCGGUGAAACACAACUUGAUCUCGCGUGGCGCCUACCAUCUAUCAUCCAAGGGAUCCCCGCUGUAGCGCUUGCUUGUGGUAUUUGGUUCAUGCCUUUCUCACCUCGAUGGCUGGUCAAAGUCGGUCGCGAGGAAGAGGCUCUUCGAACAUUGGCCUGGGUGAGAAAAUUGCCACAAGAACAUGAGUUGGUGCAGAUCGAAUUCCUAGAGAUCAAGGCCGAGGCAUUGUUUGAGAAAAGAGCUUUUCCCGGCUCCGCCGAGAAAAGCCUGAUCCGAAUUCAAAUCGACCAAUAUGCAAACUGUGUCCGAUCAAUGGAUAAUUUUAAACGUGUGUGCACCGCCUGGCUGAUCAUGUUCUUCCAGCAAUGGAGUGGAAUCGAUGCUAUCAUUUACUAUGCGUCGAAUAUAUUCGUCAGCCUUGGGUUGACUGGUGGUACAACCGCUCUUUUGGCUACUGGUGUCACUGGGGUCGUGUUUCUUGUCAGCACCGUGCCAGCUAUGUUGGUCAUCGAUAAGUUUGGUCGCAAACCCAUGCUGAUAGUUGGGUCUAUUGUCAUGUUCUUGAGUAUGAUUAUUGUUGGCGUGAUUGUAGCCAAAUUCCACAAUGACUGGCCAGCUCAUGUGGCAGGCGGAUGGACAGCAGUUGCACUGAUCUGGCUAUACAUUGCUGGUUUCGGAGCCACCUGGGGUCCCGUAUCUUGGACCCUUGUGUCUGAGAUCUUUCCGCUCUCUAUCCGCGCCAAAGGAGCGUCGAUUGGCGCUUCCAGCAACUGGGUCAACAACUUCGCCAUUGCUUUCUUUGUGCCACCAAUGCUGCAGGCAUGGAAAUGGGGCACAUAUAUCUUUUUCUCCGUUUUUCUUCUUGCCGGCAUUUUCUGGGUUUAUUUCUUCCUUCCGGAGACUAAAAACGCAACACUUGAAGAGAUGGACCGUGUAUUCAACAGCAAUAAAGGCGAACGCGACGCUGAGUUGCUCCGUCAAUGUCAGCGUGAUGUUGGCUUGACGGCACUUCUCGAAUACGGGUCACAAAGUAGUGACGGCCCCGAAAAAGUUACGAAUGAGAAGGAGGAUCAUGUCGAGCAGGUUUAA